ACUUUUCUUUCUUCUUUCUCAUCUCAGUUGCAGUUCCCCUCUCUCUCCUCUGCCGUAGCGAGGCAGGCAAGCCACCAAGUCCGAGCCUCGGAGGCAUCGACCAACGCCGGCGGCAGCGGCGCCAUGAGGCUGCUCGUCCCCGACGGCGCGCGCCGCCAGCGGUUGCUCCAGUGCGAGGCGCCCCCGUCGCCCUCGCCGCCUUCCCCGUCCCCGUACCCGUCGUCGUCCCCGUCCAGGACGGUCGUGGUGGGGAUCAGGCGCGACGCCGCCAGCCGCGAGCUGCUCACCUGGGCGCUCGUCAAGGUCGCCAAUGCUGGGGACCGCGUCGUCGCACUCCACGUCGCCACCGCGGCCGCCGCCGACGGUUUGCUCGUGAGACUGGAUGAGCGCAGCAGGGCCGCGGACUCGCUCGCCUCCGUGCUCGCCGUCUACGACGGUUUCUGCAACCUCAAGCAGAUUAAUUUGGAGCUCAAGGUCUGUGGAGGGUCAUCUAUCCGGAAAACUCUGGUUAAAGAAGCAGCUGCUUGUGGCGCAGCACAUCUCAUCCUUGGUGUCACGAACAAUUCCCGGUCCUUCGGAUCCUCCUUGACAUCAGUUGCCAAGUACUGCUCAAAGAGAGUUCCAGCCAGCUGCUCGGUUCUUGCAGUGAACAAUGGCAAAGUCGUUUAUCAUAAAGAUGCUGGUCACGGGUUGCAACAUGAACUGUACCAAAGCAAUACCACGAUACCUGAGACACCAAGGAGGAGCUACCGGAAGCUCUUGUCGACCAUGAUAGGGGAUAAACUCUGGGAUGAGAAUGGAAAAGACAGAAGGUGUGUGUCUCGUGCCGUCACCAUGCCAAUGAGGUCUCCCGCACGGCCAAAAGAAUUUUCACUGGCAUUAGUCCCGGUGAAGGGUUGCCAACACGAAUCGCCAGCGGUAGCAACUGGCUGGCCCCUACUUAGGAAGAAGUUCUUGCCAGACCGGAAAGCUUCUGCGCCUGACAAGUCCAAGAUGUCUGUGGUGCAGUGGGCAAUGCGGCUCCCAAGCAGGUAUUCAGCAGUAUCGCCAGUCCAUUCAGAAUACAGAACCACAAAACCGGACUCCACGAGCGCCAGCCAUAUCCUCCGUGACCGUGUGAUUGUUCCCUCAAGGAGCAAUUCUGGAAAGUCUUGUGUAGUGAUUGAAGAAUUGGAGAAGGAAACUCCAGAGGAACUGACGUUGCUCAAAGAGAAAUUCUCAUCCAUUUAUUCUUCAUUCAGUUACAGUGAACUUGCAAAGAUCACCUCUGACUUCUCACCAGAGUGUGUAGUUGGACAAGGAGGCACUAGUCAAGUUUACAGAGGCUGUUUGGCAAAUGGCAAGGAGCUAGCAGUGAAGAUCCUGAAGUAUUCUGAUGAGGUACUGAAGGAGUUUGUAUCAGAGAUUGAGAUUGUCAGUUCUCUCAGCCACAAGAAUGUGAUAUCCCUCGUUGGUUUCUGCUUCAAGAAUGAUGACCUUCUGUUAGUGUAUGAGUAUUUGCAACGAGGCAGCCUGGAAGAGAUACUGCAUGGUAAAAAAGAAUGCAAGAGCAUAUUUGGUUGGACUGAGAGGUUCAGCGUGGCUAUGGGAGUUGCUCGUGCUCUGGAUUAUCUCCAUAGUGAUAACAACAGUCGUCCAGUGAUCCAUAGGGAUGUCAAGUCAUCAAAUAUCCUCAUUUCAAAAUGCUUUGAACCAAAGUUAUCGGACUUUGGUCUCGCAGUCUGGGCUGCUGAUGUGACAUCUCAGAUGACAUGCAAUGAUGUUGCAGGAACUUUCGGAUACUUGGCUCCUGAAUACUUCAUGCAUGGCAAGGUGGGCAACAAAAUCGAUGUGUAUGCUUUCGGUGUUGUACUUCUGGAGCUCAUCUCUGGCAGGAAACCACUUUGCACUGGUUGUCCAAAAGGGCAGGAGAGCCUAGUGAUGUGGGCAAAUUCCAUCAUACAGGGAGGAAAGCUCAGACAACUUGUAGAUCCAAACUUGCCCACUGAAGGCCAUGUCGAUGAAGUUGAGAGGAUGACCCUUGCUGCGUCCCUCUGCAUCAGACAAACACCUCAGAACCGUCCUGAAAUUGAUGCUGUUCUGAAGCUUCUCCACGGUGACAAUGAUACCCUCAAGUGGGCAAGAUCACAAGUCGGGUUGUCAUGCGAGAGCAGCGAUAUCGAUGAAUUUGUGAUGACACCGCCAGCGCCGAGGAGUAACACCAACAUCCAGUCCUACAUCAACCUCGCCUUUGAUGUCGAUGACGACUCAGCCUCUGUCAGCAGCAACGACUUCAUUGCAGCCAACACCUCCUUGGAAGAGUAUCUGAAGGGAAGAUGGAGCCGGUCGUCGAGCUUUGACUGACGGACCCAUGGUCAGAGUUAACCCUUUAUUAGUGUAUAGAUCGUUCUUGUUCUUCUUCUAAUUUAAGUUUCAAUUUUGCGCCUUGGAUGAGAGUUGGCACCUGCAAUGCCCUCCACCAGGAAAUCCUUUGAUUAUGUCUUAGUUAUUUUUUUCCUUUUCUUUUGGGGGUCCCUCUUACUCUCUGAAGAGGCACCCUGUUGUUUUACUGUCUGAAGAGACUUAUCAUACUCAGGUAGUCUCAUCCAAAGAGGUGACAAAUAAAGUCGGGAUCAUAC